AUGCACAGCUCUAUCUUAAUAGGCCUCUGGGUCAGCAUCUCUUUCAUCAUCUACAGAAUCGUUGCUUCGAUCAUCACUUCACACCGCCAUGCCGCUAACGCACGCCGACUGGGGUGUCUACCUGCUCCUAAAUUCAAUGAUCAAAUGCCGUUGGACAUAUUCAAUAUCAGAACCGCUGCAAGAAUAAGCAAGGCCGAUAAAGAGCGUCGCGUCCCGCAGUACAUUCAGUCACGCGUCCACAAUGCUUGCGAGGUAGAAGGCAAAACGGUCAGCACAUUCUAUGCAAACUUUAUGGGUAGCGAGGGUAUCUUCACUGUUGAGCCACGGAAUAUUCAAGCCAUCCUAGCGACACAGUUCAAGGACUUUGGACUAGGAGAGCUGAGAAACGAGAGCUUCUCCCCGUUGUUGGGUCGCGGUAUCUUCUCCUCAGAUGGCGAGCAGUGGUCGCAUGCCAGAGCGCUUCUUCGGCCUCAGUUUGCGCGAGACCAAGUUGGCGACUUGAACCUUAACGAAAAGCAUAUGCAACAUAUGAUGCGAGCAUUGCCCAUCAACUCGAACGGCUGGACCGACGUCACCGACAUUCAGCGGCUGUUCUUCCGCCUGACACUGGAUUCAGCGACCGAAUUUCUAUUCGGCGCAAGUGUGGAUUCGCAGCUUGCGGCCUUACCUGGGUACACUUCUAGUAAAGCACCAGGGCCCGUGAGUGAAGGGGAAUUCGCAGUCUCCUUCGACCAAGCACAAAGCACGAUUGCUGCGGGUACCCGACUGGGGAUCGGAUACUGGUUGACGUACGAUAAGCAGUUCAAGAAAAACUGCAAACAGUGUCAUACCUUUAUCGACUUCCAUGUCGAACGUGUGCUUUCUGGGAAGAAGACGAACCAAAAGACGGCGAGUGGAAAAGAAAAGUACGUCUUUCUCGACGCACUUGCAGAGGCUACCCGAGACCCCGCCGAGCUUCGCUUCCAAUCCAUCUCGAUUCUUCUAGCUGGACGCGAUACCACGGCAUCACUUCUUUCGUAUGUCUUCAUGCUACUCUCACAACAUACCGACAUAUAUCAGAAGCUUCGUGCUGUCGUGACGCAACAAUUCGGUACCUACUCCAAACCUCAGAACCUUUCAUUCGAGAAGUUGAAGUCAUGCAACUAUUUGCAGUGGGUUAUGAGCGAGACCCUCCGUCUUUAUCCCGUCGUUCCGUUUGAUACUCGCUGUGCGCUUCGCGACACCACAUUACCCGUAGGUGGCGGCCCAGACGGCACAGCUCCUGUCUACCUAAAGAAGGGCAUGCACAUGGACUACAGCGUUUACGUCAUGCAUCGCCGCAAGGACCUUUGGGGAGAAGAUGCAGGGGAGUUCCGCCCAGAGCGCUUCGAGGGGAGGAAGGGUGGGUGGGAGUUCCUCCCCUUCAACGGAGGACCACGAAUCUGCAUGGGACAGCAAUUUGCUCUGACGGAAGCGGGAUUUGUGAUUGUAAGAAUGGCGCAGAGAUUUGACGAGAUUGAAGGUGUAGGGAAUAGUUGGGAGCCGGUUGAGAGGGGUGGCUGCGGGUAUACCAGGCAUGCUGCGAGCUUAUCUACGUGUCCGGCGGAUGGUGUCAAGGUUAGGAUGAAGGAAGCCAAACAGUAG